GGCACUCAUGAAAAGGAAGAAGACGCUGUCGUGCGCGACGUGCCGCGUCCUCAAGCGCAAGGUGCGUCGAGCGUGUCUUGUCCCGGAGACCAAGACUCACAUCGAUAGGUAACCAGUGCAGCCGCGAUCAGCCUUGCUCACAGUGCGAGAGGACGAGACGCCCUUGCCAGUAUGAGGAAGAUGACGAUGGUAGCGAGCGACAGCUGAGACGUACCGCAUCACCCGAUACCGAAGCCGUCGUCGAGCUGCUGAGCACCUGGCCUUUUGUCAAUGCACUCCUCUCCGUGUGGUUUAGGGAGCUGGACUACAUGUACGACUCGUUCAGAGCAACCGAGGUCGAGGUGCUCUGGCAAAAGCAAGAGUUGGAUGGCAAGCGGCAUCCAGAGUAUAUUCCACUUCUCGCCGCCGCGCUUGCGCUUGCGGCGCAGCUACACGGGGCCGACCUAGCUGCCAGUGUUGCUGCGCUGCAUGGGCCUUGGCCGCUCAGCGGGACUGUUAUCAGUGCUGCCUUGAGUCUGGCGGAAGAUCGAUUGGACACCGUCUUUGCAGAGCCAGAUGAGCACCUGGACUGCAUGCCUGAGAGCCUGCAGGCCUCGCUGCUUGUCUGCUCAUUCUAUAAAAACACCGGCCAGGCCAAUCGCUACAGAGCCAAGCUCUAUAGCUACAUCUCGUCGCUCCUCAACCUCUCCUACCAUCUGCUUGAUUCCUACCCUUCCGACAAGGGAAAGGAGACGGAGGCGCCACCAUCGCUUGCAAACUUGACCAUCCAGCAGCGCAGCCUCGUCCGCCACCUUUUCUGGACCUUUUUUGCCUGCGAUCGCCUCUACAUCAUGAUGGGAGGACCGGCGUCGUCUUACUGCAUCAAUGCACGGCAUUGCGAUGUUUGGCUGCUUGCCGGUCCAAGAGCGAGGCACGUCCGCGACCUCUGUUGUCCCCGUCCAUCGUCGCGGCACGAGGGACAUCUACGGAGUGGGCCAAGUGUUGAGAAGGAAGCCGGCGCGUCGCAUUUCAUUUGGGCUAUGACCGAAGUGGCAGCCGUAGCAGGUCAUUGCACCGACAGCCUCAAUCAGCUGCGCUCUUUGCAAGCCGAGGCUUCGAUGGAAGAGUUCCGCGAGGCCUGCAUACGGCAGGUGUGCGAGGUGGAGGCCGACGUCGACACACUGGACGUUGAUGUUGCUGCGCAGGUACACGACGCCCGCCAGAGACACGUCUUGACCCUGACGAUCUACAGGCUCCGAAGGGACAUAGCUUUGGCGCUGGCCUCGCUUCUUCCUCUACCUCUCGCCGGCCCUUACCAGUCAUGGCUUCUGCACAAAGAGGUGGAAUCCGCAAAAGCACUGCUGCUUCGCGGCCUCGAGGUACCCAUAGACGUGGCCCCUCGUGCGAUGGGGUGGAUCUUUUACCUGCACUAUCUCGCCGAGCCAACUUUUGGCCUUUUAAAAGCUAUCAUGUCUGCUCGCUCGACUCGCAGCGACUACGACGACAACGGUAGCGGCGGCGACGGUGGCGCCCAUCUAGAUGUGGAAUCCAUCUUCGAGGCUGUGCUGAAGGGCAGAAACCUCAUCUGUCUCGUGGCCCGAGAGAGCGGGGUCCCCUUGGCCCUGGACCUCGCUCGUAAAGUGUGCCGCAUGCUCCAGGAGAAAACUGCGUCUCUCGAAAACUUUUCGAAAGAGUGCGAAGCCGUGGGCGAUGCAGACGUCCAGGUCGAUGCGGUCCAGGUGUGCCAGACCUACCUGCAAUCUAGGUUGGCCCGCGAGCCCGCCAGCUCGCUGCACAGUCACGAGAUGACAGCGAGAAGCAGCAGUCCUGCUCUGAGCGAGCGUCUUCGUGAUGCUGGCCUCGACCUGUCGCCCUAUGCUUGGUCGUGGAGCUCGGAGCUAGAAACGGAUCCCUUGUUUUCUGCGCUCGGCUCGCUCUUCAUGCUUCCGACCACGUCGGCUCCUGCCCGCUGAUGGGGAUCCGACGACUGCACCGCAGAACGUGACGGAAUUUCGCGUUGUCAAGAGUAGUGACAUCGAUCACAUCUGCAAUGUCGUUGUACGUCCGAUCAUUGAGGGUCUCUUUUUCGAACGUCUGGCGCCUUUGCGGUGUACGUCGCUUCUUUUCAUCAACAUCAAGAUUGUUCGGAAGGGAAGCAUUGGAGCAUGUUUACUUUGCACGUGGCUGCGUGGCAUUUCAAUCGAAGCGCCGCUGAUGCCAUUUGUAUCGAUAGUAUGGCGUUGGCUAUCAUUCCAGCAAUAAAGCAUGUAGAUUUAGGUGCCGAUCAAUACUAAAGGCAUAAGUAGAAAGA